AUGGACACGGCCGAGUCACCGCGCGGGGCUUCAGAGGAGGUCGACCCCAGUCACAACCAUAGCCCCGCGUCUCCAGGAAGCCCGAAGGAACUCCCCGAGGACCUACCCAAGUCGCUGGACGACCGCCGGUCGGUACCUGUCUUUCAACAGGAGACAGAGAUGUACGAUGCGUGGCAAGGACAAUCGCAAUUCCUCACCACCCCCGUUGCCGCGAAACCCUUGAGCUUUAGCCUCGCCCUCGAUGAUCACACACACGACUCGGAGCAUGAGCUGCGGAACCGCGACAUUGAAGAUAGCGAUGCCCGAUUGAUGGAGAUGCUAGCUGCACAGGCCGCCCACCGAGAAGUCGACUCCCUUGGAGCUGAUGAAGAGACCAUCGCAGCCGACGAGAAAUUCACCGUCGUGGAGAAGCGGGACAUUCUGCAGAAGAGUCUGAAUAUGGCUGCGAGUAACGGCGACGUGGAGCGCGUGCGAAAGCUCGUCCAGGGAUCCGCUAAGACAUAUAUCGAUGUAAAUAUGCCAGACGAAGAAGGAACAGUGCCCUUGAUCUACGCCAGCUGCUUUGGACAUCAAGAUGUCGUUGGAGCACUUCUCGAUGCGGGUGCUUUUGUCGACCAGCAGGAUCGGAAUCAGUGGAGUGCGUUGAUGUGGGCCAUGACCAAUCGACACAAGACGAUCGCGAAAAUCCUCCUCGAUCAUGGAGCUUCGCCGGACAUGAAAUCUUCUUCGGGAGGUACGGCUUUCGACUUUGCGCAACCGGGCAGCGAGAUCUCCGAGUAUCUCCAUGAAAAUGGCUAUAGCCUCGGAUCUGGUGCCAUUGAAGAUGACUUUUAUGACGCCGGAUUAGCACAUGGCAGAUUCGAGGAGGAAAUCGCGGAAAAUGAGAUGAAGCGCCGCAUGAUGAUGGAAGAGAGUGCUAUCAAUCUUGAGGUAGACCUGUCUAGCCUCGGGUUGGAUGAGAAAUUCGAACCUGAUGAUGAGGAGUAUAUUGAAGAAGAGCAGCAAGAAUUCGUGUGGGAUCGAUGUUUAAAUGAUCAGAUGUUUGUGUUCCAAGACCACGAGCUGGAGCGUAUCUUGGACAUUAUCAUUACCAAUAUGGCACCACAGCGAUCGCCUUCUCAAAAGCCAGUACCAGCAAAUCUCCUCUUUCUGAGUGCGCGUUAUGCGCAUUACCAUGCCAGUCCUGAGCUUUUAGCGACACUGCUCACGUCGGCCACAGAAAAGAUCAAUGACGUUGUCGAGCGAUACCAGUGGGAUAUGACGAUGCAGGCAUUUUGGCUGUCCAAUGCAACUCUUCUUCUCCACUAUCUCAAAAAAGACGGCGAGCUGCAAGAAGCAACAGUACAGUUCCAGCUUCAUUUGGCGGAACUGAUCAACGAAAUCUUCGUUCUCAUCAUUCGUGACGCAGAGCGACGUAUGAACAAAGUCCUUGAUGCGGCAAUGCUGGACCAUGAAACCAUCCCUGGACUAGAGGAUAUCGCUUUCCAGAAUGAAUGGAAGCUCUUCCGGAAGAAGAAGUCUGAGGUCCCGGAGCCCGCAGAAAAACGAUUUCGUCCGCCAUCACCACGGCGCCGAGCGCAGAUCUCUCCGCGCAAUAUUACCUCGUUGCUAUCAUCGACACUGUUCGUGCUCGACCUCUAUGAUGUCCACUCCGUUAUCACUACGCAAAUUCUUUCUCAACUCCUCUACUGGCUCAGUGCAGAGAUCUUCAACAGGAUCAUGAGUACAAGACGGUACCUAGCGCGGACAAAGGCCAUGCAAAUCCGCAUGAAUGUCUCAGCUUUGGAAGAUUGGGCUCGGAACAACAAUCGCCAACCAGAGCAUUACGAUAACGGGUCUAUGUCAGCCACGGGAGAAAAUACGGUGGAUGCUGCACGUCAACAUCUGGCUCCGGUCAUCCAAUUACUUCAAUGGCUGCAGUGCUUUUCCUCACUAGGCGAGGACCACGAAUCCCUAGUGACAACUCUUCUUCAACUACAACAGCUUAUACCACUUCAGCUUAUCCACGCUGUAAAAUCAUACAGAGCGGAAGUGGGCGAGAAAGGCUUAACAAAACAGGCCAUGAAAUUUCUGCUAGAUAUGCAACGUGAUCCUGAGAUCCUAUUCCGUGAACAACAUCGCAUUCAAGCGGUGAAAGAGGCGGCAGCAGCUGCGCCUACAUCAGAUGCACCCCAAGAUCGACCGCAGACACCUUCUAGGGAUGAAACCCAACAAUCAACCCCGGCCACGCCCGAUCCUAACCUCGCAUCACCUGGAUCUGUCGGCACAUCUUCUCGGCCAGCCAGCAUGGCCCUGCCAUAUAGGGAGGACCGUCCAGGCAGGGAGAGUGUUUUCCUCGACCCAACUCUCUUCCUCCCCUUCUCUCUACCAACCAGCACGGACAUGCUUAUUUCUUACGGAGCUGGUCUUGGCGGCACCAACCGCGAGCGAGCACGCAAGUACAUUCCCACUGUUCCACCGGAGGUCCUCAGUCGUUUCGAUCGCGGGAAUGAGGCAUAA